AUGAAUGGCUUGUUUGGAGCGGGGAUCUAUCUGGCGGAGAACUCUAGCAAGAGUGACGAGUACUGCACGCCCAACUCAACUGGCCUUUGCUACAUGUUCCUGAUCCGAGCUAUGCUGGGGAGGCCUUAUGAAGCUCUAAACGCGAUGAAUCAACAGAGACUGGCGCCGUCAGGGUAUAACUCGGUCAUCGGAGUCACCAAGGCGACCCAUCCUGGAGCCUUCCUGAAGAAGUACAGGGAGUUCAUAAUCUACGAUCGAUAUCAGACCCGCCUUGAGUUCAUAAUAGAGUUCAGGCGGGUUCCGUGA